UCUGUUGUAAGUGACACAAAGCAUUGGAUCACAAAAGCUUGGGGGAGAGAUUUAAAUCUCUAUAGGUCUUUGAUUGACAAGUCGAGGACAAAACGAUGAAAACAGUUAUAUCAAGAAUAUGCAACAUGAUAUGGACGAUUAUUUUUCAUUAAACAACACCGAGGGCCGAGGAAUUCGUUGAAUGCUUGGUAUUCCGCAGAUGUUCAAAGCAGUCAUAACUACGUAAGAAAAACAUGGCGUGGGCUGAAAGCGUUGCACUGAACGGAGAUGGGGGACCCAGCAUACAGUGGGACAACAAGCCACGGACUCUUCAAGAGAUCUUAAAGGAAAACCAACUACCGCUGGUGGUCAAACUGAGUACUGAGAACAUGCUAUCUUCCAGCACAAAGUCAUCCAGUGAUGUCCAUAAACCAUUAGUCCUUUAUAAAGAGGUAAAGGGACGAAAGAUAUACUGCAAAAACGUCACUUCCGUUGAUGUUCUGACAGGUGCUGUCUGCCGGGAAGAUGGUCCAAUUGUUGUGAUUCCAGAAACUUACCAAGGUUGGUUUCGUCUUAUUGAUGAUCUCGACAAACCCCUGACAACGGUUGCCAACGUUGCUCGCAUCAUGCCUGUCAGAUUCCUUUGCUGCAAGCCAAUAACGGGUUUUUUGAGCAUCCAGCAGGGGAACAGAAAUAACCCCGAUGGUCUGUUCGAAAAAUUGACAAUCAAUCCUGGUGUUUUUAAUGUUGUGAACAUACAUGAAGACUUUGUACGGUACACAGAGAAAAGGAAGACAAUCAAAAGUUUACUACGGUGUUUGAGGUGUUCGGACAACGAGGGAACUGAAUUUCUUCUACCAUUUGAAUCAACGGGAGUUUUCUAUCUUGUUGAAUCAAGGAAAACUACAUCUAAAAAACUUCACGCUGAGAAGUGUGGGUACGUAUAUUCCAUGCAUAGUAUGAUGGAAGCAGGGCUGGCAAAGGAUGUUAUAUUGAGCUUGUUGCACGGGAAACCACCCGCCAAUCCGUGUGGGUUUACAACUGUACUUAAAAUUUGUGACAUAAUUAAGGACCAUACAGCUGUGGCAGCAACUCUAUCUGGAACACGCAAACUGCUGGAACUUCCGAUUGGACCAACACCAAAAUUUGUAAAGGCAUUGAACAUUGAGGAAAUACAGGGCCAUCCGAUGUAUCAGGAAAUAGAACGCCAUCUGGUGGAUAAUGCCGACGCAUAUGCUAAUGAGAUGAAAGUGCGUCAUAAUUAUAAUAUCCAGCCAAUAACAGAUGGUCCAGGUGUACCAAGGCUAUCAAAAUCCAUGGGAGGGACUAGACCACCGAAAUCUAAAACUGCACGACCGUGAAAAACAGUGACCUAUUAGAUUGUUUUUCAUUCGCCCAUAUUCGAAACAUCUCUAACCCUUUAUAAGUUAGCACCAGAGUUAAUAAACCAGCAUAUUACAAGUGACCUUCUUUAGUAGCCAUAUUUUAUGAUAAUGAUGAUUAGUGAUAUUGCCUUAUUAUCAGCAAAAACACCAAUAAAUGUUUUCGAGAUUCAC